UCUACUUGCAUCUCAGUCAAACUAUCAUCUGGAAACAAUAUAAUAACAGAUCGUUUCCUUUGUUAUACGAUAAUCUCGAAAAUACUUGUCAAAUUAUUUUGUGCUUUCGGAAUUGAAUGAGUAAGGUAAAAAUUUCAAAGCCUUAUGAGAAUUUUUGAAUAAUACGAAGAAAAGAAGUGUGAUACAGCUUUAAAAACGACAAUGGAUUAUACCUGGACGUUACAUCGUGCUCAACCACCAAGACAGGAAAUCGAGGAGGACGAACCCGAGGACCCAGUUGAGUUUGAGAUUGCUCCAGGAGUAUUUGUUGGUGAUAAUCGUCCUGUUUUCAUUAUUGCUGACAUAGGGCAAAACCACCAAGGCAAUUAUUUAAAAGCCAGAAGACUUAUACGAAUAGCUGCAGAUUGUGGAGUACAUUGUGUGGCAUUUCAAAAAUGUGACUUACAAAGUAGAUAUACUCAGGAAGCUUUAAAUCGUCCGUAUGAAAAAGAGCAUGCCCUUGGAGCUACUUAUGGAGAACAUAUGAGAGCUCUAGAAUUAUCAAAUGAAAAUUUCGUUAAAUUAAAACAGUAUGCUGAAGAACUUGGAUUGAUUUUUACAGCAACUGGUAUGGAUCAGCCAUCAAUUGAUUUCUUACAACAUAUUGGAGUACCAUUCUUCAAAAUAGAUUCUGCUGAUUCUACUAAUUUACCACUCCUGAGACAUGUUAGGAGAUAUAACAAGCCGCUUGUUAUUUCCACUGGUAUUACUAGAGAAGAAGACCUAGCUAAAGCUUAUUAUGAAAUCUUAUGGUCAGCAAAAAACAUAGCAAUAAUGCAAAGUACCAGUUGUUAUCCUACACCAUCGCGUUAUGCUAAUUUAAAAGUCAUAAAGGGUUACAAGAAUCUCUUCCCUAGAGCUGUUAUUGGAUAUUCGGGUCAUGAAGAAGGACUUGUAGAAUCCGUGGCCGCUGUUGCUAUUGGUGCAAAAAUUAUCGAGAGACGCAUUACAACUGGUCACUCUCGUAAACAGAGUAAUCAUGUAUCAUCAUUAAAUCCACAUGAACUUGAACAUUUUGUCGAAUCAAUUAAAAGAGUUGAGCAAGCCAUGGGAAAAUUCCAGAAAGAAAUUGAAGUUUGUGAACUAGAUAGCUAUACAAAGCUAGGGAAAACUAUUGUUGCAAAAAGAUUCCUUGCUAAGGGAAUAUAUAUUUCUGCGGAGGACUUGGAUGUUAAAUCUUCUGUGGAAAAGGAAUUUCACCCUCUUCGUUUUUGCGAACUUAUUGGUAGACGGCUGAAGAAGGCAGUUAAACGAGAUGUACCACUCAUGUCAUCUGAUUUUCAUUGAUGUUAUAAUUCUUCAGUUUUUUAUAUAUAUCAAGAACUUUUUGUAUUUUUUUUAAUUCAUUUCAUUGUAGAAAUAAUCACACUUAUUUCACAUUUCAGCAUUUAUGCUUGGCAAAAUCCAUUUUUUUUUAAGUUGUUUCUCCCAUUUCAAGCCUAUUACAUGUCUGAAUUUAUUAUCACUGAAUAUCCUGUAAAUGUGCUAUCCAUCAUCUAAUAAAAGGCAUUUUUUCUAU